GCAGUUUUUCUCACAUUUUUAUGUUUGCAGAUUGCCGUGGUAUUUUGGAGUAAAAAUGCUUUUAUUUCGUCGUAAGUCGACGCAGUCACGAGUUACGUUGAACACAAUUAAAUUGAUACAGAAAGACAUUUCAAAAUUCUCGUAGAUGUUAUGAAUAUUUUACUCGACAGGAAAAUUCUUAUACGCUGAAAAGUCGGCUCUAUUCAAUGUUCGAAAUGAAAGACAAGACAAGCUUUGUGGUAUAAGCAAGUAAUUGUGAGACAAGCACUAACUAGUAACUUCAGCACGUAAUCGCCUCCUACCCUUUUGGAAAUCCUGGCUGCGCCCUUGCUCACGACUAAGAACUGUAUGAUUAAUAAAACUUAAAUAAACAUUUACUCCGGGCACAUAUACAUAAUCAAAUUGAAUUAAACAUAAAAAAAAAUACAAAUUUUUGUGGGGAUUUCUCCGUUACUCCUAUUAUCACCAAUUGUUUCUGGAGCCAUGAUCUCGACAAAAAAAGACAAGGAAGAGCAAUAAAUCACAAAUAUUUCUGAACACGUGUAAUCCCGCUGACGUUCUGACUUGAACUGAUGCAUGCUGACGGGUCGAGUCGCGAGUGGCAGCCGAGACGCGCGGUUCAGGUGGCGUCAUCUCCCUCGGCCGCAUGGCUCGCGUGCAAUCAUAGCUGAAUGGUCGCCGAGAAUUGAGUAGGGGAAUCCUUGCACCGAUUUUCAACAAAAGUAGCUGAGUUUUUGUUGAGCACUACGACUUUAUCGACAAUAAAUGUUCGAAUACGAGUUAAUUGAGUUGGACAGAAGCUGACAAUAGAAUAACGGAUAAUGCAAUAAAUGUCGACAUUGUUUAGUUCGAAGCUAGUUUGAUUAUGCCAGAACUAAUAAUCCUUUGACAAACGGAUGUCAGUACGCAGUUGAUCAUCUCUUAGGAUAAGGCAGCGUUGUAUAUUUUGGCACCUCACUAUUAUAUUGAGUGGUGGCCUGUCCUGAAUGAUACUGAAUUUAAAUAAUUAGGUAAUUAUCCUAAGCAAUAGCCUUGCAAAAGGGUGCAACUACCAGAGCGAUUAUCUAUUUUCAAUUUAUAGGAAAAUCAGAAAGUUACCGCAUAUAAUAAGUUGUAUUUAUAUGUAUCGGCUAUAUGAAAGAGCAUAUUAGGUAGUUUUAUAGUAACAUGGCAAUCCUACAUCAUUCAUAAAAGAGAACAAUAAACCGUCUGUCUGCCUCGUGCUUUCAGACGGAUAAAAAGACGAGGGUGAAGGUAUCCAUAUCAUAUCGUUUAGGGAAAUAGAUUCUGAGAAUCAAUAAAAAUGAAUGGAAAAAUGCAUAUCGGCAGAAGUAUGAUUAUCUUAGUGAUUGUCACUGCUCGAAAGCUGUAGCUCAAUUAGGUUUGUUUAGGUCACCAGGGGAAGUUUUUAUUUGAAUAUGGUUCUUGUAUUAUCAACUGAUGAAAUAAAUUGAGUUUUUGAUCAAGUUGUGGUGGUAAAGGACUUGGCCUUUUUUAAUGCAUAUGACAUGUGGUAACUGCAAACCAUAUUGGUACAUUAACAAAUGAGAUAAUUAAUUUCACAAAUGCAAAAAAGUGUUGAUUACGAGCUGUUUGAUUGCUGUUCAAUUUGACGUUGUUCCUGCUAUAUGCCGCUAUUAUGUACUUGAAUGACAUCGAUUCAAAAUUUUGAUUUUGUGAAAAUGUUUAUAUAUAUUAUCCCUAACGUAAAUUAUUAGAGCAAGAAUUAGCCAUAAGGAAUGGAGUCAGCAAAUUCAUAUUUCCUUCCUGUUGACUUUGUAAUAUUUGGAGGAAUACUGUUUGUCUCUGCUUCGAUUGGCGUGUACUUCGCUUACAAGGACAGGAAAGUUCAAACAACAGAAAACUAUUAUUUUGGACGCAGAAAUGUGUCCCCGAUUAUUGUUGCAAUGUCAUUAUCAGUGUCAUACAUAUCAGCGCUUACUGUCAUCGGCAAUCCAGUCGAAGUAUAUCUCUAUGGUACGGUAUAUGCAUGGACCGUGGUUGCAAACCUCAUAGGAUUUAUUGCUGCUUCAAUAUACUACAUUCCAUUGUAUCAUCGGCUUCGUAUAAAAAGCGUUUACGAGUAUUUGGGUCGACGCUUUCAUUCUAGAAUACGAUCAUUUGCUUCCACAAUGGCGAUGCUAGAAUUGACAUUUUACCUGGGAAUAACUGUAUAUCUUCCUUCUCUUGCGUUGAGCGCAGUGACACCUCUUGAGCUGAACUGGACAAUUGCAUUGACAAGUAUCCUCUGCACAUUUUACACCAGCAUCGGAGGAAUGAAGGCAGUGAUAUGGACGGAUGUUCUGCAAGGUGUUAUCAUGAUUGCAGGAAUGCUUGCAAUUUUCAUUCAGGCAAUAAUAAUGUAUGGAGGCUUCGGACCAAUAAUAGAUGCCGCAGACCGUGGAGAUAGAAAUAAUUUGUUCAAACUAGACAUUGAUCCCAGAGUUCGAAGUACCGUGUGGACGAUUGGAGGUGCAUUGGGACUCAGUUCUUGUUAUUUGAGUUGUUGUAGUCAAGUCACAACACAGAGAUAUAUGUCAUGUAAUUCAGUUCGAUCAUCUAGAAUAGCUGCAUUGUUACAAUGGAUUCCUGGCACAAUUAUGGUCCUUCUCUCCAUUGCAAAUGGUUUAAUUAUGUAUGCUUAUUAUGAAGGAUGCGAUCCACUUUUAUCUGGUGCGAUUGAGAAAAAUGAUCAGGCAAUGCCUAGGUUAGCCCUGGAAAUAUUUCGAGAUUUGCCUGGCAUGGCUGGAAUGUUUGCGUCGGCUGCAUUUUGUGGAACGCUGAGCACAAUAUCAUCGGGAGUCAACUCUCUAUCAGCAUUGGCGCUGGAAGAUUUUGUCAUUCCAUGUUUUCCAGCGAUGUCGACAACAAGAAAAAUGGUUUUCUCCAAAGUAAUGACUGUAAUAUUUGGAGGAGUGGUUAUGGGAAUAGCGUACUCCGUUUCGCUUUUGUCUUCAAACAUUAUCCAAAUCAACAUGAUAACCGGAGCUGUUGCAGCGCCAAUUCUGAGCGUUUUCACCAUGGGCAUGUUCAUGCCUUGGAUUAACAGUUGGGGAGCUUUGUCAGGAAUGAUAAGUGGCAUUGUCUGUGGAAGUUGGGUCGCUCUGGCUGCGAUCAAUCAAGCAACCUACCCAGCUACAACUGAGUCCCUACCCUUGUCCACUAACAAUUGCACUGUGACAAAUUUUUUACAUAAUGCCACAACUACUUUAUCUACCGAAUUAUCCGAAGAUACCACUGCACUCGAACCAAUGUCUACGAUAUCUGAGGAAUACGGAUCUGUUUUACAAUAUACCCUGUAUUCGAUGUCGCCGUUUUUAUACGGAACAUUUGCAUUCUUCGUUUCUAUUAUCGUCGGGCAUAUCGUCUCACUGUUUACAGGGUUUAACAAGAUAUCAAAAGCUGAUCCGGAUCUAUUUGUUCCUGUUAUAAAUUGCAAAAUAUUACGUUUCGGCAUUCCCGAAAAAUCAUCAGAAGAAAUAGCAGAGAACAGCAAAGAAAAUGUUUUUAUAAAUUCAUGCUGUACCGGAGAUGAUUGUGGUCAAGAUUCGCUGGAUUCCCCGCAUAAUGAAAAAAAAGAAACUGUCUUUUAA